AUGGCCAGAGAUAAUAUAAUUGAAGAUAACAGAUUCGAAAUUAUGGGCGGUUACUUCUCGCCCGUAUCAGACCACUAUAAAAAAGAAGGUCUCGCAGCAGCUUAUCAUCGCGUGCGGAUGUGUGAGAUGGCUGUCGAAAGAACUUCUACCUGGUUGAUGAUUGAUGCGUGGGAGAGUCUACAGAAAGAGUACACUGCUACCGCUUUAGUGUUGGAUCAUUUUGACGAGAUGGUCAAUAUUCAGGGUGGUGGUGUGAAGACACUUGAUGGGACACAAAGAAAAGUUAGAAUUAUGCUGCUUGCCGGUGGAGAUCUAAUUGAAUCAUUCGGAGUUCAGAAUCUCUGGUCGAACGACGAUCUUCAUCACAUAUUGGGCGAUUUUGGAUGCUUGAUUGUAGAAAGAACAGGCGCAGAUGUGAGGGGAUUUUUAUUGGCGCAUGAUAUAUUGUAUGAACAUAGGAAAAACGUAUACGUGAUCAAACAGUUAAUUUAUAAUGAUAUCAGCUCGACUAAAGUGCGGUAA